AUGAAAUAUGAUUGUUUAGGAGAAAAUGAAUGUAUGAAUGAUUGUCAAUGUUUUUUGAUUGGAUCAAAAUGUACGAAAAAAGCCACUUGUCUUUGUCCUUCAUGUUCUUUUGGAGGACGAUGUCAAUUUACUGCAAGUAGAUUCAGUUUAUCACUUGAUAAUAUCUUAGGUUAUCAUAUUCAACCAACAAGUAGUUUAAUAAAUCAAUCAAAUGUUAUUUUUAUUAUAAUAGGUUUAAUUAAUGGAAUAUUUACUAUGAUAACAUUUAAGAAUGGAAAAUUACGUAAAGUUGGUUGUAGUUUAUAUUUAUUAGGUUCAUCAAUAACAACAUUAAUUAUAAUAGUUUUAUUUGCGUUAAAAUUUUGGAUCCUUAUUUUUGCACAAAUGUCUCAAAUAUCAAAUCGAUCAUUUUUAAAUAUUCAAUGUUUGUUAUUAGAUUAUCUACUUCGAAUAUUUAUUCAUAUGGAUCAAUGGUUAAAUGCAUGUGUUGCUUGUGAAAAAGCAAUAACAGUUAUUAAAGGUGCUAGUUUUAAGAAAAAGAAAAGUAUAAAAGUAGCUAAAUUUACUGUUAUUUUACUUGUAGUUUUUAAUAUUUUUACAAUUAUUCACGAACCUCUUUAA